AUCCCUGAAAACCCCUCGCUUUCCUUUUUAUUUUAUUUUAAUUCACUCUCAGGAGAGAGCAUUUUGGGGUUUUGUUUUAGAGUUCUCAAAGAAUGAACUUUUCGACAAAACAGAAUAGUAGCAGAGCAAUGAAUCCUUGCGUUCUUCAUCUCCAAAAACUGGGUCUCGAGCUUAAGUGUCCUCUCUGUUUGAACUUGUUUAAGCGGCCAUUGUUGCUCCCAUGUGAUCAUUUGUUCUGCGAUUCGUGCGUAGCAAGAACUGAGUUUGGUUCAGAGUGCCCUAUUUGCAAAGUUCAAUGCGCAAAUCGAGAUCUAAGGCCUUUGACCUUCAUGGAGAAUAUAGUAGGAAUCUAUAGAAGUUUGGAUUCUGCAUUUUCUGCCAACCUUUCUCAUUCCAUUGAAGAUGGGGUUGGCAAAACUGAAAAAUUUGAUAAGUGCAGCAUGCAAAGGCGUGCUACAGAUGUAGGUUACGAGACUCCUAACAAAGAUGGAGUUGAUUUGUUACGAUCAGUUUCCCAUAAACAAAUAGGGGCAUCUCAAGAGUCUAGGAAUAGGCAGAUCAUCAUGAGCCAAGCUGAUCAAGCAUCCCUCAGCCCGCCUUCCUAUGGUGAUACAAAGGUCUCUGACAAUGAUAGCGAGCAUAGUCUUGCAAACUUUCCAGCCAAGGGAGCGGGGAAGAGAAAUUCAGAGGUGGGACAAGGGAAUUCAUCAGGCAUUCGCCCUUGUGAGCCGGGAGAGGUUCUAAAUAAUUGGACUGUCGAGGAGAUUCCUGUAAUUUUUAAACUCAAUUUAAAGUAAUAUUCAGAACAAACUUGUUUUAAAAUCUUAUUUUAAUGAAAUAUAUCAUUCAGUAUUGUAGAA